CCAUUGCCACCUAUUCAGAUGACCUAUUGGAUUUGGGUUCGACUAAAUAGUUGUGAAAAUAGAAUCGUCUUUGAUGUUGUUCGCGUUGAUCCCAUUAAACAAAUGGCAAAUCCACAGGCUUGUUUUAAUCCUGGAGUUUGUUCGCUAAUUGAUUUCGUUCCGUUUCUGUCUUGUGAUAAAUCCAAUGCUUCGGAUGCUUCAAUGGAUAUCAGUUUGGAUGGAGUAACGCUACCCACCUUGAAUGUGUGGUCUGUGGUGGAUGCGCCAAAUGAGGAGGAAUGUAUUCAUUCUACGUUGCAAUUAAAUAAGUAUGAUUCAGAUGGUUCCAAUCUUUCUCUUAUACCUACGUCGCCUUUGACAGGAUAUUCCCACAUGCAAUUAUGGCAAGAACCGUUGCCCCAAUCGAUUUUCAUCUCUGAGCACCAUUUCAAUGACGAGCUUGACGUUUCCGACGAUACAGACGAGAAGGGUGUUGACUUAGCCGCCUUCAUGGAUUUUAUCUUCACUCCUGGUCGCUUUGCGAAAGUGGCAAUUCACAAUGCCUUUAAGUCCUUGAAGCAGUCGCAUCACCUGCCGCAGGAGUGCCCUUCUGCAGACAAUGGUGUGGCGAUUAUGAAGAAUGAAAUCAGCCAAGCUCUCAUUUCAUUCUUGCGACCGUCACUCUCCGUUCCCGAAUUCCAAACCCUCUUGAAGACUUUUCAUCAAAUCAUCGUGGAUUACCACCAACGAGCCUCUGAGCCGCUUGGGUUGUUCUGUGUGGAGGCCAAUGGAGAUGUUGUCGUUGUGCAUCGUUCUGGCCUCUCCGUGGCACGACGUCUUCAGCCAACGGAGGAGGUUCUCUUGAAUCCAUCUCUGUCCAAUUAUAGCCAUAUCGAUUCAGAUCUUGGAGCAUUGCCACCGGACCACCGAGCUGCCAAACGACUUGCUCGGGAGUGUCUUGUGACUCGUUGUUGCCGAAUUGUCAAGGGUCUCACGCAAUCCCAAGUUUGGUUGGAGCAUGAACAUAAGAUUUGCGAGAAUUCUGCAAACUUCCAGUAUACUGAAGUCAUUCUAAAUAAACUUCUCCUAUCAGCAGCAAUGUUAUUAAAUUGUAGAGCCGAAUUGCCAGCUAAUCACCUGUUCGGUUGGGAAGAGGAUGGCACCGUAGAAGAAAUAUAUGAUGCGUUUAAUUGGUUUCUGGAGUCCCUCUUCACAUCAAAUCUAUUCGAGGCUAUUGCCACUGAGUUGGAAGAAGAGGUCGAAGAUGGUGAUGUUACGGCUUAUAAAGGUAAUUGUCAACGCCCCUCGUGCCUUCUGGGCUUUGGAUCAAGUCUGUCUGCGGAACUGUUGCGUCAAGGUGUUUGGCAAACAACAAGCACUAGCUUACGUUUCUGUGUCGCGAUGCACCUUCUUUGGCGUCAUUGGAACCACCACUUUGCCACCUCGCUCGAAUAUUCUCGGAUAGAGAGUAAUUUGCAGCAAAUCUAUCGAUGCCUUGCCUUCAUCCAAUGGCUCACCACGACUCGUACUGUGUCUCCAUCAGGUCCAAGUUUUCUGUCUUUGGCGUGGACGCAUCUCAAGAUUCUCGGUAUGGCGGAUCGCUCCAUGGAUCUCACAUCUUCAAAGGAGUUUCUUCAUAGCAGUUACUAUUCUACUCCCACUAGGAUGCGUUUUCAUCUUUGCGGCCUGAGUCUCUUUGAAGAGCUCAUUCUCUCUGCUCCUGAGAUUUUCUCUGGUGUCUCGGUGGGAACAGGUCUGUUCUCUUGGCGGACACAUUCCCUCACAAUCAUUACGGCUCUUCAAAAACUUCUUUGUCCUGUGCUAAAAAACGGUGAAACCGUUGCUCCCAUUUUGAAACACCUUCUACUUGGCGCUCAGUGUAAGGAGCUGUUAACCUUGUGCAAGUGCCUUGCGCCAAACGCUUUCGGUAAUAUCGAUAAGAAAGGGCUUCCAAAUGUUCUUCAAGACGAUCAGGUUGAUAGACGACCAGACUCAGUCCUUAAUAAUGGAUACUGGUGGCCGGGAGAUGUAAAUGCACUCUACAUCUGUGCCUUUCUUGCGUUGUUGUGGUCCGGACUCGCCGACGAGGCGGUGGAACAGUAUAUUCAGGGUUCUUUGUGUCUGCGACGUCGCCUACUCAGUCAUUUGUAUCCCUUCGCUACUGGGUGCUCACCAGAGUUGGCACUCAGUGAAAAUGUGGCUGCUCCGUGCUCCCUCUUAGAAAAGCUUUUUCCUGCUGAAUUUGCUUUAAGCGGUUCCCUAGGCGAUGCCGGUGUUGGAACAGCUUGA